UAAAAAUAUUUUGUAAUUUUCUACCACUUAAUCGAAACAAAAAAAAAUUAAUGUAUUUAUUCAGUUCAUAGAAUUAUCAAUAUUUUAGUCAAAAAUAUAGUGUUUUGGUCUAAUUUUAGGGCCAUUCAGUUAAUUUUAAAUAGUAUAAUGUUUUGUAACAUUAAUAAGGUCCCUGACACCAAAUCUUGGUUGAAGUAUCUCGUGUCGUUAACAUAAAGUGAUUUAUUUAUUACGUAGCAUAUGUUUGCAGUCAUGGAAGUUAAUCCUUUGAAUAUAUUUUUUGUGAAGUCAGACAGCAAAGGAGACAGGUUGUUGUUCAGAUAUCCUUACACAACAGAAAAUAAGGAUGAAAGUACACAAAAACAAUGUGGUCGUCAUAAUCCUUACGCGAUCAAUUCCACAGAAGAUCUUUUACAGAAUCCUCAAUCGCAAACAUCAAAUAUUUGUAAAGGUCAGCUAAGCGGAUUCACAGAUGAGAUGCUCUCAACACUGUUUGCUGUUAAACCCGAGUUGUGUAACAGGAAAUUUGAGCUCAAAGUGAAUGAUGUUCGGUUUGUAGGACACCCUACACUGUUACCAUACCGGACUAACAAAGAUGACACCGCUGCAAUGAUACUUAUUAAUAUUGUGUUUGCUCUGCAGGCCUCUGCAAGUCAUUCUAUAGUUAAGUGUUACUAUGAUUUGAGCAAAAGACUGGGUAAAGCACUAAGGCAUGAGGAAAAACGGUGUUCAUAUCUGACUGAAGAAAUGAAAAUAAUGUUAACCGCCCACGAUGAAGUUUCGGCGUUAGAUAGUGAAGUAAAUUCCGGGGAAAAUGACGACGAAGAGGAAAACUCUCGGCAUUCAGUUUCUUCAACGACAUACGGCAUUGAAAACGUAUCAGAUGGUACUCCAAAGUCAGCAUUUCACUUGAUACUACAGAGGAGCUCGCUAGCAAGAUCUAUGAAGUCUGUAUUCGAGGAACUUAGUAGUACUGGUAUAGUUCAAGUGCGGAUUAAUAAAUGGGUGCUAUUAUCAUUCUGCCUGCCUCACAAAGCGCACCAGAUACACAACAAGGGAUUGAUCAUUGAACCAGAGACAAUAGACAAGUGUUUACAGAAACUACGACCGUACCAUGGAAUACUUUUAAUGGUGGAUCCAAACGAGUUACUCGCUUCAAUACCUCUGGACAGCAGUCCAGCUUUGAUACGUCUCAUAAAGCUUUACAGUCCGCUCAAAAGCCUACAAACAUUGGCAAUCGAGGCAGACCUGACUCUCACUCAGGCGUUUCAGUUGACCGGUCACCUCGUGUACUGGGCGAAGGCGACUGUGAUCUACCCGCUGUGCGAGGGUAACGUGUACGUGGUAGCCCCCGGCGCAAACAUACAUAUAAACUCGCCAAUAGUCUACGAGUUCGCGAAGGAGUUUCCAGGACUCUGUUUGUUACAGAUGCUGGGCGAGUUCUCGCUGCCAGCACCGCUGUGGUACGUGCGGCGAGGAGCGGGCGGCGGGCGGCUGGCGCGCUGCGUGGGCUGGCUGCUGCGGCGCCGCCUGCUGCUGCAGCUGCACACCUAUGUGCAGCUCAACUCGCCCGCCUGGCACUGCCCGCGACACCCAGGUACCAGGCACCAGGUACCAGGCACCAGGUGACACAGUGGCGGCUGGCUGCUGCGGCGCCGCCUGCUGCUGCAGCUGCACACCUAUGUGCAGCUCAACUCGCCCGCCUGGCACUGCCCGCGACACCCAGACGGCAAUGAAUAUUACUGCGAGAAACACGACAUUUACAAUCAAUCCUGCAGCGUGUCAUUCUCAUCACUCAAUCAAAUGCAACUGAAUGUUCCCGAACCGGUGGAAGUUAGGGAUAACGUCAACAUAUUCCCAGAUUCCGACGAAGACUACCCUACUGAGAAUAACCUGAAUCAGACAGACUUUUCUCAUACGAAACCUAUAGUGAUUGAAUCAGAUCAUACGAAAUAUGAUAAUUUCAAUGAAGUUGAUUCAGCGAACCAUUCAUUCGAUGAAGGCAUAGAUGUAGUGGAUGGACCAACGAAAACGAAUUGUGUAAAUAACUAUGAUAAUAAAGAAAAGAAGAAAAAUCAAGCAAACUCAGUAGAUAGUGGUAUAUCAAGUAAUAUAAAUAGCACUAAUGGUGUGAACGGUAACACUGAACAUGUAAAUGGUAUAUCGGAGAAGUCUGAAGAAAAAUUGAAAGCAUUAAUAACAGAUUUGUCACUGAAAGAAAACGAUAUAUGUUUAAAUGCGAGUAUAGAUAAUGAGAAGUAUGAGAAUGGUCAAGAUAUUUCACCGCGACAGAAGAAAGGCAACGGAUUCGUGAAUGGCGAUAAGAAAAAUGGCAUAUCACUUAAUUUGAAACUGCAAAGUGAAAUGAGCUUCCAGCAGCCAACCGUGUGGACUAUGCCUGCGAACUGCGAGGCCGCCGAAUCGGAGCCGGAGAUGAUGAUGGCGGGCGCCGGGCCGGCGGUGGAGGCCGAGCCCGAGGCGGAGGCGCUGCUGCUCACGUUCUCGGCGGAGGAGCGCGCCGCGCUGGCCGCAGUGCCCGCCUCCAAGAACCCCGACGAUCUACUGCUCUUAGCUCAGCUGCAUAAAAAAGGUUACUUCCGCGGCGAACAGCAUCUGGAAGAGAUAAUGUUCAUGGAAAAUGUUAGUCGCUCCCAGCUGAUGCAGCUUCUCGACAAGUUCAAAGAUGUCCUCAUCACCUUCGAGACAGAAGACCCGGCUGUCGCUAUGUUGUACCCAUACUAAUCAGCAUUGUUAACCUCCAUUUAACAAUAAUUUCGCCUUUAGUUUAAUUAAUUUAAUAAAGACUAUUUAUAAUAA